ACUGACGAAUCAAAGAUUACGAAAAAUGAAAUAGAAGUUAAAUUGUACGGAGUAUUUUGGUGUUGUAAGGGAUAUGGAUGGUUUUUCAAGUUGAUUAUUUUCCUGGUCACCUUUAUAUAUCAUUGAAUAAUUUACAGUAAGUUGUGCCUCCACUGGAACUUCCCUCACUUUCAUCUCUGAAAGCUUCAAUCUUUUACCAAACAGAGAACUAUUUCCCCUGUUGAGUUCAUGAUUUUUGCUAAAUCUACAUUUCGCAUAUUUUUAUCAAUGUACAUAUUGCUUCUAGUUCCAGAAUAAAGUAUGUGAAAGUGGGAUGAAAAUUAGCUCUAAAACAAUUGAUACUAUUAGAUUCAGGAUAAAGCCCAGGAAGAUUUGGAAGCAAAUAGUAGUCUCAUACUAAGUAUUUGGAUCCUGGCUGCUUUUGUCAUAUAUAUGUAGUAGAAGUAUUGUGGCCGUUGUAGAAAAAGGUGGCUAGCGACUUGGGGACUCAACAUGGUGGACAAGUUGAUCUCGCACACUAUAUCGUGAAAGAUCCCCAUCCCUGCAAAUGGCUACUAAGCGGUGAUUUCCAGACAUUAUUAGUUUUGGCUUAUGGAUUGUUAGAGGCAUUGAUUUGUUGAAUAGUGUUGAUUGCUUUCUUUUCACAAGCAUUCUAAGAGCAACAUCAAUUUUGGGCGAUUAUGAAAAUUCAGAAUGAUAACUGAAAGGAUAUUGAGACCUAAUGGAUGGUAGAAAUGUUUCUGGUCAAGUAUUUUGAUUACGCAAGAGUCAGAAAUCCUAUAUACCAAAGAUUGUUUACCAGGGGCGGCUUUAAGAAUUCUCUUUAUAUACCGAAAAUGCAUGUUUCCACAGGCUCAAAUUGACUGUUCCUGAAUUUUCUGAAAGAAAUAAACAAUUUUUCUAUAAAUUUUUGUGAUGGUUUUAUAUUGUUGAUGUUUGCCCUCUUAUUAUUGGUAUGUCCUUUACUUGGCAUAGAUUAUUUUCUAAUUUCAUGAAGAAAAUUAGAAAAGAACAUCUCGAGAAUGUGGAAGAAUAAUGGGACAGUAAAUAGCUAAGAGUAUAUAUUUGUAUUUUUAUUGGACAGCAUUUUAAUUUUUAAUGAUGAGCAACAGAUUUUAAUGUGGCCUAGAUUCUCAUGUUGUGUAUUCACCACCAACCGUACAUAAUAAAGAAAAUUGGUUGGUGGAGACUAAAGUUGGUGAGUUGCCAAAUCCGCCCUGCUAGUUUUACAAGUGAUCUGAUAAUGAAUGCUAAAAUUGAAGCCAGUGGACCGAAGACAUUAUCAGACUUGGCUCAACGGCUCCGCCUGUGUCAGCCUUAUUUGUCUGGAAAUGGUAUUGAUGCUGCCAACGUUGUAAGUUAUGACCGGCCACCAAGACCGCUGACUGAUAGAAGAGCAGCAGUUCUGAUCUGCAUCUUUGAAGGAGACAGUGGUGAUCUGCGAGUCAUUCUCACUCAGCGUUCCUCCACUCUCUCGUCUCACUCCGGUGAAGUGGCACUUCCUGGUGGAAAGGUGGAAGAAGGUGAUGAAGAUGAAGUUGCAACCGCAUUGAGGGAGGCAAAUGAGGAGAUUGGUUUAGACCCUUCACUUGUUGAAGUCGUUUCCGUUCUUGAACCUUUCUCUAUGAAGAAUGGCAUGGUAGUAGUGCCAGUGCUUGGCCUGCUUUUCGACAAAACUGCAUUUCAUCCCAUCUCAAAUAUUACUGAAGUUGAAUCAAUAUUUGAUGCUCCCUUAGAAAUGUUUCUCAAGGAUGAAAACCGAAGAGAAGUGGAGAGGGAAUGGAUGGGUUCAAAGUAUCUCCUCCAUUACUUUGAUUAUGAAGCCGAGGGCAGAAGGUACGUUAUCUUUGCUUUGACUGCUGGCAUCUUGAUAGAGACUGCAUCAAUGGUGUACCAGCAAUCACCUGCCUUUGUAGAGAUGAAGCCUAGUUUCUGGAAUAGACCUGAUAUUGCUAGUACUUCAUCACUUCCUAAAUAAUGUUUAGGCCACAUUCGAUUUAGCAUCGAAAUUUAUCUUAAGCAUCAUAACUAUGUAAGGUGCCUUUCACUAUUGGAAUUUUAACAUCUCCUCAACACUAUACAAAUUAUGUCAUUACUUAGAUUUUUUUUUUUCAAGGUCAUUUAAGAUAAUAUGGAAGAUACAAAAUUGAACUUUCUAAGCUUAAAAGUGAUCAUUAUUUUGGCGAGAAGUAAAAUAUAAAAAUCGGGGUACAACUUUUGUAAUUUUUUUCCUUUUACUUCUUAUGAAUUGCAUUUUGUGAUUAUUUUUGUUUGUCAAAGUUUAAGAGAAC